AAACCCAGCGCGCCUCACGUUGCAUUGGUCCCCGGUUAUUGAUAACACAAUUUUCCCCGAUGGAAUCCAUCCCAGUGCGGUGAACCUCGUGGAUAUAGUGACUGGAGCUACGGUAGACAGCCCGCACCGAAGAAUAACAACGAUUUGUUCGUUAUCACCGACAAAAUAGGAAAGCCGAGCCCACCCUUUCACUUGACAACGCGACAUCAACCAGGCAGAAAGGCUUACGUCUCAUCUUUCCAUCCUCCAUCCACCCUAACCUGCCGUGUUGGGGAAACCCCUAAUGAGUGGGACCUGUAUCCAUGAGCCCCGUGCCCCUUCCCCCUCCCUGUCAGGCUUCAGCACCCCCAUCUCAGAACCCCCCUAUCGAAGAAUCGAUGGAGACACCCCUGCCUGCACCCCCGAAACGGACCUGACCCCCACACAGUGUGUCCUCCGUAACGUGCUGUCCAUCGACACCGGUGGACCGGGGGCGCCGAGUGGCAGCAGCCCCACUCCCAGUGAUGGACCCUCAGCCCACUUUGACAACAGUGUGCUAAAACUACAUGAACAUGAGGCCUGCCAGUGUGGCGGCGGCGCCGAGGCCGGGCACAGUCCAGAGGCUGGUGCUGUCCGGAGCCAGUCGGACAGCAUUCGGCUACAAUCAGGAAGUGGAGGUUUUUUGGAGGGACUGUUUGGCUGCCUGAAACCAGUCUGGACCAUGAUUGGAAAGGCCUACUCCACUGAACACAAACAUAGCCAUGAAGGUCUGAGUUUAGAGUCCUGGGAGGUUCCUUUUGAGGAAAUCUCCGACCUGCAGUGGGUGGGCAGCGGGGCACAGGGGGCCGUCUUCCUCGGCAAGUUCCACGGAGACGACGUGGCUGUGAAGAAAGUGCGGGACAUCAAAGAGACUGAGAUCAAACACCUCCGCAAACUCAAGCACCCCAACAUCAUCACUUUCAAGGGCGUGUGCACCCAGGCUCCUUGUUACUGUAUCUUGAUGGAAUACUGUGCCCAAGGCCAGCUGUAUGAGGUGCUGAGGGCGGGCCGCAAAAUCACCCCCUCCCUCAUGGUUGACUGGUCCAUGGGCAUCGCAGGUGGCAUGAACUACCUGCACCUCCACAAAAUCAUCCAUCGAGACCUCAAGUCCCCCAACAUGCUGAUCACACACGAUGACCUGGUGAAGAUCUCAGACUUCGGCACCUCAAAAGAGCUCAGUGACAAGAGCACCAAGAUGUCAUUCGCCGGCACCGUAGCUUGGAUGGCUCCUGAAGUAAUUCGGAAUGAGCCAGUGUCGGAAAAGGUGGACAUCUGGUCCUUCGGAGUGGUGCUGUGGGAGAUGCUAACUGGAGAGGUCCCUUACAAAGACGUGGACUCAUCUGCCAUCAUCUGGGGAGUGGGAAACAACAGCCUCCAGCUGCCCAUACCUGAGAGCUGCCCCGACGGCUUCAAGAUCCUCCUCAGACAGUGCUGGAACUGUAAGCCAAGGAACAGGCCCUCUUUCCGUCAGAUCCUUCUUCAUCUGGAUAUAGCGUCAGCUGACGUGCUGUCCACUCCACAAGAGACGUACUUCAAGUCUCAGGCUGAAUGGCGAGAAGAGGUGAAACAGCACUUUGAGAAGAUUAAAUCUGAGGGGACUUGUAUCCACCGACUCGAUGAGGAGCUGAUCAACCGACGCAGAGAGGAGCUCAGGCAUGCUUUGGACAUUCGCGAGCAUUACGAGAGGAAGCUGGAUAGAGCUAACAACCUUUACAUGGAGCUCAGUGCUGUCAUGCUGCAGCUGGAGCUCAAAGAGAAAGAGUUGCAGAGGAGAGAGCAGUCUUUGGAUAAAAAGUAUCCAGGUUUGUUUAAGCAUCACAGCUCCAGGCAGACCAGCUCCUCCAACACCAUGGACAAACUCAUCAAGAAGAGAAAUGUCCCACAGAAACUGCCUUCAGGAAAGAGGCCAGACAUCCUCAAGUCUGAGGUAAUCAUUCCCAAAAUGGACUCCUCUGUGAUGCAAGUCACUAUACCAGCCUGCCCCAACAGAAGCUCCACUUCUCCCAGCCGGUCUCGGAGGGUAAAGACCCGCCAUCGCAAGCCCGGGAAGGGCAGCAGUGGGGACCUGGCUGGACUUAAGGCAAAUCAGUCCUCCUCGAAAAGGGACACAACUGCCCAGGCUAACAGUUCAACCACUAAUACCUCCAAGCAGCUCCUGGAGCCCUCUGCAGCGCUGCGGGGCCUCAGCCAUGAGCAGCAGCAGAGGCAGCUGUCCUCCUCCAGCCCUGACCUCAUCUGCACCACACUGGAGGCCGAGGGGCAGGGAAAAGGGGAGCCCUCUGUGGGCGGGCUGGAGAGAGGGGGCAGCCUCAGCGCAUCUGCGGGGUUAGGGAGAUCAGAGGCGGGGGCAGCUGGUCUAGAUGACCUCACAGAAACCCCUCCACGCAGUGACACGCCGAGCGAGGAUGCGGCGUCGUUCCCGUUCUCCAGCAGCCCGGACUCGCCGUGCGGGAGGGGGGCGGCGGCGGGGCGGGGCUCUCUGGGAUCUCCUCGCCUGCCUCAUGAUGGGGAGGAUAAAGAGGAGGGAGCCGGGGCUGUGAGGUUGCCCCGCGGGGCGUCUGGAGGGAUCGGGAGUCAGCACCUCACUCCUUCAGCCAUUCUGUACAGGGCAGCUAUCUCACGCAAACAGAGGCGUGGAGUGUCAUCAGAAGAGGAGGAGGGGGAAGUUGACAGUGAGGUUGAGUUACCACGGAGACGACGUCCGACGAGCAUCACCAAGUGCCAGUCAGUGUCCACCUUCAGCUCAGAGAACCUGUCGGUGUCGGACGGCGAGGAGGGCCACACUACUGACCACUCUCACAGCGGCACCCCCGACGUGGUCAGCACCAACACAGACGACAGGUUGGACGACAGGUUGGACGACCGCAGCGACGACCUCCUCUCUCAGGGGUCGGAGAUCCCGGCGGACAACAUUGAUCCGGCACAGGCUUCCGACGGCAUGUCGGAGAGAGACGGAUCGCCGGGACAGGCCAAAGCUCAGCUGGACGUCGGGCAGAAUCCUAGUGAGAGUCGGGCCAUGUGUGAUGACUCUGACUGCGACAGUGCAGAGCUGGAUCAGUCGGGUAGUGGAGAGCUGAGUCGUCCCCCCAGUGCUGGAGUGUGGGUGUCUCCACAGGCCCCCGCUACAGGACCUCCAUAGAUCACUGGCUGCUAGCCAAUACCUCAAGCUACUAGUAAUGCAGUACAUUACUGUUGUCAUGAGGGAUCACACCUACUACACCACUCAGACUAUGACAAGUGGACUUAUGGUGUCUCAUAAGUUUGUUGGCUGGCAAACCUACGCCAGAUGACAUAGGACAUUUGUCAUAACCUGACAUCAGAUAUUUUGGCAGCUUGUGACAUCAGAUAAAUGUCAUUUAAGAUCAGUAGGGUUUUUGUUUCAGGCAAGAUAGUUACUGAGGUAAACUUAGCCACUGCUCCAGUUCGGCAAAAACCCUUCCACAGACGCACACGCACGCACAAGGUACCACACUUGUUGUCCUUUAAACACUAAUCCUCACUCUGGGAGCAUCCUCCAUGAUACUCCACACACUAAUGCAUCAAAUACUAAUGAAUAAUAAUGUAAAUAUCCAUUACAUACCACAUGAGAAAUAUCUAACUUUAUUUUAUUUGUAAGAUAAAAAUGUAAGACUAAACGGUAUGCAGCCCUGUGAACAAAUGCAUGACUACAUGUUUAUCAUUUAUGAUUCGAAUGUGUCAGUUUUAUAUUUUGUGAAAGUUUACACUUUUUUAAUCCUGAAAGUAUUACUUCAGUUACUUUGUUUUUUGUUAAUAAAUGUCAGCACUCAAGAAAAAAAAAAAAAUGGAAUGAAAAUCUCACCGAGACGUCGAUCGUGAUGCUUAAUUAGGAUUCUCAGUAGGUACGAUAUUUUUUUUAACCCUCCUACUACUGAGUUUCGAAUACACAUGAGACAUGAUUGAGGUUUUUUAUAAAGCUUAUCAAAGAAUGAUAUGAUGGGAGACCUUUGGGUUCACUCAGAAAAUGCACUUUUGCCAUUGUAUGGUUUGGAAAUUGUUGUUUGAUUGUGUUUUUGUUAGUAGGAUGUGAAAUGACAGACACUACCAUUGCUAACUAAGGUACUAUAUAGGUAACAAACACUGGUGCUGGUGCUCUAGUAAAGGAGUACUCCGCCAAUUUAGCAUUGCACUCCCAUAACAUUGUCAGACUGCUGACGAGCUGUUUAAGAAUAAAAAAAAGGGCAGAACCAGAAAUAGUCAUCUUUAACCCACACACUCUUCUUUCUGGUCAAAACCUAGCGCCUACAUUACCCACGAUGCAAUUCGAUUCGGUUUGAGUUAUGCUAGCAGCGGCUAACAUAGCUUUAGGCAGAGAUGAGUGUAAGACCAAUUCUUUCUAACUCCACACCUCUUAUUUUUCCAUUUCUCCAAAAUGAUGCCGACUCAAAUGACAUCACACGAGGCAGUUUAGUUGUAUAAAACCACAAAAUGAUUUUUUACAACUUUGUAAGUCUUCAUGUGUAAAAUGGGUGGGAGUCCCCUUUAAGUUUAGAACCAAAAGGACUCCUGCAGUUCAUGAUGUUCAUAAGAGCCUCGACUGUCCCGUUUACCCUUUAAGAUGACUGCUGAUAGCCGGAUGAGGAAUAGAGCACUUCUCUGUGGUGGUUACUAGAACACUAAGUAUCCUUUGGGUUUAAAUAGAAAUGUUUUCUUUUUAUACAGCAUUGCACAUUGUACCUGUAACAUAGGAAUUAUAUCAAAAAGAAAAAUAUGAGCAACAAUAAAUAAUGUAUUGGUUAAAAAAAAAAACCAGUGUGAUGUUUAUUUAAAAAGGCGGGCCGUGUCAUAGCUGCAGUUUGUUCUGUUGCUGCAUCCAAGAAGACAGCUGAACGAGAAAUAAAUGACUAUUUUCAAUGACUUUAAGCACGUCCAACCUAUUCCAGUGUCUUUUCUUGAUUUACAACGUUCAUAACCAUGUUAUAUAUAAAACAAUUAUCCCCCCCACAAGGGAGAACCAUAUUUUGAGAUUAUUAAUAAAUCUGAGCUUGACAUCAGGGUCAUCUAGUUGUCCCGUCAGCUGCCUUCAUGAACACAUAAACAUACGUACAAAAGGAUUGUUUAAGCAUUUCACAUCUUUUUUAUUUCUGCAUUUCAUUUCUUCAACAAUUUAAUUGCACCCAGAUCUACAAUAGUUUGAAAACGUGCACAAAAACUUGAGUUUCUUCAUCCUGCAAAGAAUAAUAAAAAAUAAAUCUGACCCAGGCAAAAAAGGAUUGCAGGAAACUAGUGUUAAUUCUAUAAUUCUCCUUCUAGUUCAUAAUUUAAUACCUCAGCAUAAUAUACUUAUAAAGACCAAUAACUCUUGUAGUUUUGCCCCUUGCAGCAUUCCCCCAGCCCUGCAGUUAAAAAAAAUAUUUUCUCUAUUUAAAACAAACAUUUCAAUGUUAUUAUCAUCAUCAUCAUCAUCGUCGUCAUUACUAUGGUCUUAGUAAUUUCAGAGAAAAGAAAAUAUUUUCCUCUCAUUCAGGCCCCCACCUGGUGACCAAGGCCCACCCACCCUUAUCAGAAUCCAAUACACAACAAUGC